AAAGAGAUCCUGAGAGCAGAAGCAGAAGAAACAGUCACAGCAGUUUCCUCAGCUCUGAUAUCACUGUCUCUGCAAUCAGCCAGGAGAUCUUAUUAUAGAGAUGCAGUCCUGUCGAGUGCGGUGUGUCCUGACCCUACUCUCACUAGCUCUGGCUAUGAGCUCGAUCUCAGCUGCACCUUCAGACCCGAGACUACGCCAAUUCCUACAGAAAUCCCUGGCAGCAGCAGGAAAACAGGAGUUGGCCAAGUACUUCCUGGCAGAAUUACUAUCAGAGCCAUCCCAAACAGACAAUGACGCUUUGGAAUCUGAUGACCUGCCCAGAGGUGCUGAACAAGACGAAGUCAGGUUGGAACUAGAACGGUCUGCAAACUCCAGUCCAGCUAUGGCCCCCAGAGAACGCAAAGCUGGCUGCAAGAACUUCUUCUGGAAAACAUUCACAUCUUGUUAGCCUUCACCAACCUCCCUACCCCUCCUUUAUUUUCCUACUCCUCCAACCCCAGACAAGCCUUGAUCACACAAGCCGAAGACUGUAAAUACCACACACAGUUAUGGUGAAUAAAAUAUAUUAAUUUGGAGUUGUUUAAUAAAACCUUUAGUUGAAAUUGUAAAUUAUUUGCUUGGGUUGUGAUUUCUUGAUAGUUCUUAUGAUAUGCACUUUUCAAUUCUCACAGAUGUACUAUUUUUUAAUUAUAUGUUGCAAUAAAGCGUGUUUCAAGCUAUGAA